AUGGGUGGUGUGACCUGGAGACUGGUAGAUGGCAGCAACAAGGAAGGCUCACAGCAAGGGAAGCAAGACUAUGUGCUUACUUGCUUUUUCAUGAAGUUUUCAGCAACACUGUCAGAUACCUUCAAUGAAGGUAAAAAUGCCAUCAAGAUCACUUAUUGUAUUGAUGGUUGUGAGUGGGUCCUGUUGGCUAUUAUGGUCAUUUGUCAUCCAUUACGUUACCCAGUCCUCAUGAGCAAGAAAAUCUGUGCAUAUUUAGCAGCUGGGACUUGGUUAUACAGUACAGUGAAUUCUCUAAUACACCACACAGGGCUUGUAGCAACUCUCACUUUGUGUGGUCCCAACCACAUCAAUCAUUUUCUUUAUGAUAUUCCUCUGCUCUUGAAGCUCUCCUGCUCAGACAUUUUAGCCAAUGAUGUUGUACUUUAUGUAUCAAGUGCUACCAUUGGUCUGAGCCCCUGCCUAUUCACUGCUAUGUCCUAUAUCCUCAUUAUCUCUGCCAUUCUGAAGAUCCAGUCUGCUCAAGGGCGUCAAAAAGCCUUCUCCACCUGUGCCUCUCACCUCACUGUGGUGGUCUUCUUUGGAACUGCCAACUUCAACUAUGAUUGAACCAUCUCAGGCUACUUCUUGAAUAUGGACAUUAUGAUUUCUGUCCUCUUUUGUAUUGUUACUCCUUUGUUAAAUCCUAUCAUCUACAGUCUGAGAAACAAGGAAGUCAGGGAUACCCUAAGGAAACUAUUUGAAGGGUAUGUAUUAACACAGUGA